AUGAAGAAAUUUACUAUAAACUUGUCAAAUAUCCAUUGUGAUAAAUGUGAAGUAGCUAUCCGUAAAUGUUUACAACAAUUUUAUAAGAUCAGUGAUCUGGAUGAACCACAAACCUUAACUAAUAGACCAGAGAUCAUAUUUAAAUUAGUAGAUAAUGAAGUGAUAUUAUAUGGUAAUGAAAACAUUGAUUUCCAACUGAACAUUAAGAGAAUUAUUAAACUGUUGGAGAAAAUCGGAUUUGAGGUUUUAUCUUGGGAGUUAAAGUAUGAUGAUGAAACUAUCAGUUCAUCACAAAUGACUACAAUUGAUCUCGAGGAACAACACGAACCUGAUGGGUUUUUCGAUCUUGUUGGAUUCUAUCAUAAGUUUGUUUACAAAAGACACAAGAAGAACCACUUGCAUUAUUGUAAAUCUUGUCAAGAUCAUGAGAAAAAGAAGCGUGAAUCACUGGAAACUGAAGAGUUAAGUAGUGAAGAAACUGUAGUUGAAGUUCCUCAACAAGAAUAUAGAGCUGCAUUUUUGGUCACUGGUAUGACAUGUUCAUCUUGUGUGCAAUCUAUUUCCGAGAAUUUGAAAUCCAUAUUGGGAGAUUCAAAAAGUCAAGAUGAACCAAAUUUUUCAGUCAAUAUUAUUGAACAAUCAGUGGUUGCCAUUAUUCCUAAUAAGCAAAUUAUCAAUAGGAUCAUUGAUACAAUAAAUGAUCUGGGAUUUGAUUGUAAGUUAAUUGAAGUCUUACCAGUUGAAAGAUCCAUAAAUACCAAAGUAACUGCAUUAAUCGGGGGUAUGACUUGUUCCGCUUGUGCAAUUUCCAUUGACAGUGCCGUUAAAGAUUUGCCAUUUAUAUUAGAGAGUGGUAUUAACGUGGUUACCAAAACCGCUAAAUUUGUAUUGGAAGAUGAUAAUGGUAAGAAUAUUGCUAAAUUACAAGAAGCUGUCGAAGAUUGUGGAUUCGAUUUCCAAUUAUUGACUACUGAAAAAGUCAACUACACCUCAGGGAAGCAAAAACCAAGAAGUAUCAAUUUGAAGAUUAACGGGAUGUUUUGUACUCAUUGUCCUGAUAUAAUUUCGAAAUAUUUGUCUAGAUACGGUGAUGCUGUUGUGAUCAAUGAUCCACUUACAUUGGAUUCACCAGUGGUCAAGUUUACGUAUUUACCACUGGCUUCAGUUACUGCAAGAAAGAUUUUAUUUGACUUGAAUCAUAUUAGAGAUGAUGGUGAUGAUGGAUAUGUUAUCGAUGAAGAUAUAAAUGGUCCCUUUGAAUGUGAAAUUAUUAAACCUGUUUCUGUGGAUGAACAUGUGAGAAAGUUGGCACGUCGUGAAGUACUUGGUAUUGCUAUCAGAUUAUUGAUUGCUUUUGUGUUUGUUAUCCCAACAUUCAUUUUUGGUAUUGUUGCCAUGUCAUUGUUACCAAAAUCCCACAGAUUUAGAAUUUGGGUUGAAGAUCCAAUUUGGGCCGGUAAUGUCUCCAGAAAUACUUGGAUUUUAUUUAUCUUGGCCACUCCGGUGUAUUUUUUUGCAGCCGAUACUUUUCAUAGAAAGGCAAUCAAAGAAGUUAAAUCUUUAUGGUUUCACAAGAAUUCAUUUAAAGCAAGACUUUUCAAGUUUGGAUCUAUGAAUUUGUUAAUGAGUUUAGGUACAUCUGUUUCUUAUUUUGCAAGUAUUGUAUUAAUUGGUUUAAGUGCUCGUCAAAAACCAAUGACUCAUCAUGGUUUCCAUACUACUUAUUUUGAUUCAGUUGUGUUCUUAACAUUCUUUUUAUUGAUUGGUAAAUUAUUGCAAAGUUAUUCCAAAACCAAAACUGCUGAUGCAAUCUCACAGUUGGCCAAUUUAAAACAAUCUGAGGCCACAUUAAUUGAGGAAGAUGGCAAAGAUGUUGUUAUUGAUCUUCAAUUAUUAGAAAUUGGUGAUCAAAUAAGAAUUGGGUCGGGUGAAUCUCCACCAGUUGAUUGUGUUUUAGUGGAUGGUGAGUCAGAAUUUGAUGAAAGUGCACUUACUGGUGAAUCUACUCCAGUUAAGCAUAUAGAAGGUCAUCAAAUAUUCUCAGGUACUGUCAACAUUGGAAAUAAUUCAGUCGUAGGUAAGGUCACCAGCCUUGAAGGUGAUUCAUUGUUAAAUCAAAUUGUCAACACUGUUAGAGAUGGUCAAUUAAGAAAAGCACCAAUGGAAAGAACUGCUGAUUUAAUAACUGGAUAUUUUGUUCCAUUUAUUGUCGGCUGUGCUAUUGUCACUUGGGUGAUUUGGUUAAUAUUGGCUUAUUCAGGGGCACUUCCAGAUAGUUAUUUAGAUAUUGAUGUCGGUGGUUGGACUGUUUGGUCACUUGAAUUUGCUAUUGCUGUAUUUGUCAUUGCUUGUCCAUGUGGCAUUGGUUUGGCUGCUCCUACUGCAUUGUUUGUUGGUUCUGGGUUAGCUGCCAAAAGCGGUAUUCUUGCCAAAGGUGGUGGUGUUGCUUUCCAAGAUGGAGCAAAUGUCAAUAUUGUAUGUUUUGAUAAGACUGGUACUUUGACGAGAGGUGAAUUAACGAUCACCAACUUUAAUUUCCCAGAAAAGAAUGAUAUAAUGAAGAAGAUUGCUUUACAAGUUGCUAGAGAUAUGGAAGUCUCUUCACAACAUCCAUUAGCCAGAGCUAUUAAGUCAUUCAUUGAGUCAUAUAGCAAAGGAUCAUUAACAGGAAACAAGGUUCCUCAAGUCGAAACAGUUCCUGGUAGAGGUUUAAGAGGUGACAUCAUCUACGAUGAAACUGAUGAAUUUUGGAAUCAAUACAAGCCAACAAAGGCUAUUCUUGGUAAUGAAAAACUAAUGGAAGAAAAUGGAAUUGAAUUUACCACUAGUCAAAAGGAAUUCUUAACUCGAUGGAAAUCUGAAAGCAAAUCUGUUAUUUUAAUUGGUUUACAAUGUGAAGAGUAUUUUAAGGACAACAAAUUCCACUUGGUGUUAACUAUGGCAGCUCGUGAUCAAUUAAGGCCAGAAACAAAGAAAGUUGUUGAAUUUUUACAAUCUAGCAGUAUUGAGUGUUGGAUGAUUACUGGUGAUAAUAAACUUACUGCUGAUGCCAUUGCAAAAGAAAUUGGAAUUGAUAAUGUUGUCAGUGAAGUGUUGCCAGAUGAAAAGGAAUCACAGAUUAAGAAAAUUCGUCAAUUAAGACUGGGUGAUAAGAAAAAACCUAUUAUAGCUAUGGUGGGUGAUGGUAUCAACGAUGCACCAGCAUUAGCUGCUGCUGAUGUUGGAAUUGCGUUAUCUUCAGGUGCUGAUUUAGCAGUUACUUCAAGUGACUUCAUUUUGCUUAAUAAGUUACACCCAUUGGUCAGUCUUGCUACACUUUUGGAAAUUUGUCAUAAAGUGUUCAAUAGAGUUAAACUUAAUUUUGGUUGGAGUUUGGUAUACAAUAUGGCUGCGCUUCCUAUUGCUGCUGGUGUUAUUUAUCCAUACAAGAAUUCCAGAUUGGAUCCAGCUUGGGCUGCAGCUGCAAUGGCUUUAUCUUCAGUCAGUGUUGUAAUGAGUAGUUUGGCUUUGAAACUAUAUAGACCAAAGUUGAAGCCAGAAGAUUUUGGAUUGGAUAAUGAAGAACAAGAAGAAAUUUUACCAGAAGAGGAGGAAUAG